UGGAUCGUCCUACAGAGUAUCCUGGUCCAUCUACAGUAUUUCACAGGUAAAUAAUGUUCACCUGCCCAGCCAUCCACCUGAUCUCAGAGAAAACAGGAUUGCUCGAACCAGUAACCUUUUCCAUUGGUCUGAUGUCCAGUUCUGAUGCCCACUGUACAACCUGUCUGUGGUUGUAAUUCAUGUAAUUGUCUUGUAGUCAUUCUGGGAUUGCAUGUGGGUAAUUAAAUUUCCUCUCAGCAUCAGCCGACACAGAGAAACUAUUAGCUGUAAUCAAUCAUCAUGAGUAAAAAGGAAUAAAAUGGUCAUGUUACAAAAUUAAAUGCAAACAAAUAUGCUCUUUUAGACUCCGGUCACAGGAGGCAUCAUCAGGUAUUAAAAUAACAUGAGUGAACAAUUUAAUGUUGUGCCAGAUACUUUUAGAUGUUGGUCUGUAUUUAAUGGCUUUAUUUCUUACGAAUGUGUCUCUUCGGGAUGUCUCCCCUCAGCUGGCCCGGCCGAUACCCCCCAUCAUGCCCGCUCUACUGGAGAGGCCUAAACUAUCCAACGCCAUGGCGCGUGCCCUACACAAACACAUUAUGAGGGAAAGAGAAAAGAAAAGACAGGAGGAGGAAGAGGUGGAUAAAAUGAUGGAGCAGAAGCUGAAGGAGGAAGAGGAGAGGAAGAGGAAGAAGGAGAUGGAGGAGAGGAUGUCCUUAGAGGAAACCAAAGAGCAGAUCAUGAAGAUGGGUGAGAAGCUGCAGGGUCUACAGGAGGAGAAACACCAGCUCUUCCUACAGCUGAAAAAAGUUCUGCAUGAGGAGGAGAAGCGCAGGAGGAAAGAACAGAGUGAUAUGACGACUCUCACCUCAGCUACAUAUCAGCCCAGCAUGGCCGUCCACUCCAGUCAGCACUUACUCAGCAUGCAGCCGGGUUCUGUUUCUCAUGCUCGCUCUGCUGUUCUGUUUGGAGAGCGCAGUAAACAGCUCUUCCAGUCACCCGUCAUUUCUGGUCGCCAUUUCUCCUCUCAGCCCGGGUAUGGUGCAGUUGUUUCUGAGCAUGCUCAGUUUGGAGUUCAGCCGAGUCACAGCUCAUUCGGGUCGCAGCCCCAACACGCAGCAGCCUUUAACCCCGGCCAGUCAGCAGCGGCCACCUACAGCAGCCCCGCCCACAUGCGAGGUGCACCAGCGUUCCAGACCAUGCAGUACCUGCCUCAUCAACAGCUGGGAUACACAGUUAACACUCACUACACCUCUCAGCAAGGUUUCAUGCCCGCUGCUGGAAUCCCCCUGCAGAAGCAGUUGGAACACGCCAACCAGCAGUCAGGCUUCACUGAUUCAAGUGCACUGAGGCCCAUGCACCCCCAAGCCCUCCAUGCCAGCGCUGCAGGUUUGCUGCCCACCCCCACCAUCACAGUGCAGAUCCCCUCUGCCAAGGCUGGCUUGCCAUACCCCCCACCAGCCAGGCCUGCAUCACCUGGAUCCUUCCCUCAACACGCUGCUUCAUUUCAGAGCUCACCUCAGCCACAGCGCCACGCCUACCUCUCCCACCAAUCAGGACAGAGGUUCUAUCACCAUGGCAAAUAAUCAGCCAAUCAGGUGCUCAGUGUAGGGAACAGUGGUUCAGUCUGGGUUCACUAACAUCACACACACACACACACACACAGUUAUGCUCGUAAAGCUGAGAAUGUGUACGUUUAUUAUAAUAAGCUGUUAUUAUCAGUAUAAUCAGUUUAAUCAGAUAUUCAUAUCAUAGCUUUGCACACACACAUACAUUCAGUAUGAUAUAUACAUUUCUAUAUUAUACACACACACACGUAUAUAUCACACACACACACUCAGAAAGAGAGAGAGCGCUCCACAUAUCACUGCUCCCUCGCUAUACUGCUAAAUUAAUUUCACCAGUUAUUCCAGAUUCUUUAUGAUGGGAAACGUGCACACCUUCAAACCUCACUGUAUGAUGUCACAGCUGUGAUGUCAUCAUAAGGGUCAUAUGGCCUGUAGAUCAGGAGACUGGGCAGAAAUAACAAAACGUAGAUCAUUGGUACAUAUUUUAGUAAUGUUACUACUUUUUUAUAAAGUCCAGAGUGCAGAGUCGGAUGUAUCGUACACGCCGUGUUUUCUGAUGAUAAACUAGAUGUAGAAGCACUCAGAUCUCGGUUAUUAAUCAGGAAAUUCUCUGACUUGUCAUGAAGGCCUGGCAUGAUGACAAACAAUCUCCUUUUUCUACCCAAGUUGGACGUUUGCACUGUGGCGACCGCAGGGAGGCUGUAGAGCGGAUUUUACUACACGUGGUUACGACAGUGUUAUUAUUUACACUCUGUUGCGUUCAGGUUAAAGUCGUUUGUUUGGUUUCUGCUCAGUGUUGUGAGUGAAAGCUGGUGCAGGUUCAGAGCUCUUUCUGAUUGAUCUGUUUUUAUUAAAGGCAAAAUAAUUCUGACAAUAAAAUAUACAACAUCAGAAAAUCUGACCCACCACUGCACCCCUGCAGUAUGACAUCACUGAUGUGACAUCACACAGAGGUUCAGUUUCCCCCCCAUUCAGUAGUUGUGACUCACUGCUGCACUAUGGAGGACUGAACACACACACACACACACACACACACACACACACACACUUACUGUUGUACAGAAUACAAACACAUUAAUGCGCAUCAUGAAUCCGCUCACUUCUGUAACUCAUUAUAAUCUGCUUCUGCUAAGUUUUAUUUUUACUGAUAAAUCUUUAAACUGGCUCUCAGGGUUUGUUGUGUAAAUACUGAAAUCCUCCCCAACACACUCUCACACACACACACGGCUAUGAUCACGGUGGGGUAAAAUAUUUUCCUAAAACGGCUAAAUGUGAAUAUUUUUGGAGAGAAUUUGCACUAGAACUGAUCUGAUAAUAAAUGAUCAUGAUUUAAA